AUGAGUAACCUGGCCAAGGAGAGCAAGCACAGCAGUAGCAGCCUUGCAGAGGAGCGAAGUCCACCGGCUCGUCAUACUGUUGCAAUGUUCUUGUGCUGCCUCCUCCUCCUCCUUCCUUUCCCAUUAGCUUCCAGUUCUGCGUCUAAGGGAGACAAAGUGGUCAUAACCAGAAGUGGCCCUAUUAAGGGCAAGCAGUUCCUGUCUGGCCUUGGAUCUGUGACAGCCUAUCUAGGCAUUCCUUAUGCUGAGCCUCCCCUGGGGAAGUUGCGUUUCCAGAAACCUCUUCCACAUCAGCCAUGGAAGCAAACACUGGAGGCCACCAGCUUUGGCAAUUCCUGCCCUCAGUUUAUUUACUACGAAGACACUGCAGCAAUGGUGUGGAAUCCUAAAACACCACUGUCAGAAGAUUGCCUUUCCCUCAACAUCUGGGUGCCAUACCCACAACCUUCUUCACCAGUCCCUGUUUUUUUCUGGUUACACUCAAGUGGAUAUACAGGUGCCACGUCUUCUCUGAACUUGUUCAAUGGGUCAUCUUUGGCUGCCACUGAGAACGUCAUUGUGGUCACCAUCAAUUAUCGCCUGGGAGCUCUGGGCUUUCUGUACUUGCCACCAGCUGCUCCAGGGAACCUAGGCUUAUGGGACCAACAGCUGGCCCUGAAGUGGAUAAAAGAGAAUGCAGCUGCCUUUGGGGGAGAUCCUUCUCGGUUGACCAUUUUUGGCCACAGUGCUGGAGGAGCUUCUGUGAAUUUCCAUCUUCUCACGCCAAAAAGCCAGGACCUUUUUGCCCAAGCGGUGAUCCAGAGCGGAACAGCCAAUGCUUUCUGGGCUUGGAGGUCUCCUGAAGAAGCCAAAAAAUUAUCAUUGAAAUUCGUUCAUUUGCUAGGUUGCUCCGAGGGCAAUAAUACCAACAUAGGGCAUUGUCUGCAAACAAAAAGUGUUUCUGAAUUUAUUCAGCAACAAGGCUCUCUGUUCUUGAACAAAGACUGCCUUCUGAAUUUUCCCUUUAGGCCAACCAUAGAUGGGGACUUUUUGCUUGGUGAUCCAGGAAAGCUCAUGGAGGAGGGGCAAAUUCAAGUCAAACCUCUCCUCAUAGGAAAAGUCUCUGAUGAAGGGAGCACAUUUAUCCACGAUCUUUUUUCUGACAUUAACGAAAGUCUCAUCAAUCAGGAGCAGCUUCUGAAAGGAGUAAGAAUGUUGGUGCCAAAUGCCACAGAAGAUAUUGUUCAGAAUAUUGCACUGAGGUACAGUGAAGGAAAUCACGGCCCGGCAAAAUACCGCUCCGCUCUGUCCAACCUCUUUACAGAUUUGGCCAUUGCAUGCCCAAUGAUUGAAGCUGCAGGAAAUAUCAGGAAAACGGGGAGUCCUGUAUAUGCCUAUUUAUUUGCACAUCAACCUUCAAGCUCAGCUUGGCCUCAAUGGACUGGACCGCAUCAUGAUGCUGAGAUUGCUUAUAUUUUUGGAACCCUUGAAUCAGUGUUUCCCAUCAAUCGAACAUUCACAGAGGCUGAAGCCAGUCUGAGCCGUAAAAUGAUGCACUACUGGGCAGAGUUUGCCAGAACUGGGAAUCCUGAUGGGUUGGUGGCCACCAAGGAUGAGUGGCCGCUCUAUAAUGCCACGGAGCAGAAUUUCUUCGUUCUUAAUAGUGAGUCAUCCCGGGAAACAGAGAAAGGGCCUGUCCACCACUGCAGUUUUCUAAAGAAGCAUUUUUCAAAGGCUGAAGACCCACAUAAGUGUGAAGGUGAUUCUGUUUCAUCAGGCUAGAAAGAAGACAGGAGUGGCACUUUUGUGGCUCAGCCUCGCUGUGUGGAGUGGAAGCUCUCCAAGCUGGUGCCAAUGGCCUUUUGUGGAAGAAGAACCUGGAGGAUCUCUCUCAGCAUAAACAAAUGUAGGCAUAAAGAAUAAAUGAAUGAGCCAUUAAGAAUAACUUGUAGAAAAGAUUACAGAGUGCUGAGGAAGAGGAAGCAGGAGAGGGAAACUGUGUGGCAAAUGAGCAUUUCAGAUGAGGAUUGUUUAAUAGACAAAUGGAGACAUAAGGACAGGAGUGGGCUGCUGGGAGUUUGCAGGGGUUCGGGAGAACCUCUAGUUAAGAUUCUGUGCAGUUUGGAGAACGCCCAAAUCCCACUCCUGGCUGGCCCCUCCCCUCCCAGGAGUCCCCACACGGCCUGUUUUGGAUGCAAGUAAGUGCAGCGUGUGCAGGAAGGCUCAGGGAGGGUGAAAAACGCGCCUACCGGAAGUUCGGGAGGGCCUCCAGGGGGCCUUCGGAGCCUGGGGAGGCUGUUUUCGCCCUCCUGGAGGCUCAAGGAAAGCCUC